AUGCUGGCUAGUUAAAAUACUUUAGAAGGCUUUUAGCUGCUUUCUCCAGUCACAAAAAUUAAAAAAAUAAGAGCAUAAUUUGACAUCUUAAUGCAUGAUACUUUAAUUCAAAUUAAAAAAAAAAAGUACAAAAAGGCCUAUUACUCUUUAGAAAGGUUCUUGACCGUCAGUUCAAUAGAUUUGCUAGAAGCAAAAGAUAAGCUAAAGCUAAACUUUAGGAUCUUCUAUGUGUUGGAUAAAGUGAUAUAAAACAAAUUAACGUAGAAAGAUGUGCAAAAAUUGCAAAGUAUAAAAGAAAUAGAUUCAAUAAAUCAAAGAAUGAUAGAGGGUUUUAUGUUUUAUAAUGAUAUUUAUUAAUCUGUUUUGAGAGAAGAAUAGCUUCGUAAUACUUUAGAGAGUAAUAAGUAAUUGAUUGUUUUAAUCAAUCACGAAGAUGCUAUAUCUAAACUAUUUUGCAUGAUAAUUUAACUCUAUAUAAAUAAUUAUUUUUUGGAAAAUCUCAAAAACCAAGUAUUUUUGGGUUUCAAAUAUCUACUUCAGGCAAAAGAAAUGAUACAAUUGAUCUACACUUUGAAUAAUUCCCAUUUGCUUGAAAAGGAUAUUUACAUUACAAUAUUACUUGGAAACUUUUACUCAGAACAUGGAUAAUACAAGAAAGCCUUAGAUAUUUUUUAAGAUGGCAUUAAAAGUGUGAUAAUGUUUUUGAGGUACAAGUACAUAGACCCAAAUCCAUCUCUAGAUAACGAUGAAGAUGAAGAAGAUGAAAAAUCAAUUUAAAAACAAAGAAAAUUUUAAAGAUCAAUUAAGCUAAUUAUAUCCUUUUUAUACUCACUUGCAUAUUUAUAUGAACGAAUGUGGAAAAUAGAGUAUUCCUAUGAAACUUUACAGCUAGCUCGGUUUUUAGGAAAGCAUGUACUUUUCGAUAACACAGAUGAGUUCAAAAGAUAUUUAAUUCACGUUGAACAUGAGUUAGACACAAAAUAUACAAAAAUAGUCUAAGAAACGCUUGAAAUAGAGUCUAUUGUUUGCAAAGAGCUUCUAAAAAAUAAAAAAUGGUAUUAAAUUUCAGAAAUAAUGAAAGAAAAAAAAGAAUAAAUAAGAUUAAAUUAAAACAUGUAUGAUGAAGAACUCUACUUUAAGAAUAAUGUUAAGAAACUUAACUAGCAAAAAGUUUUUCCUGUUAAAAAGUGUGAUGAUAAUUCUUUCAGGACUUUUUAUUCUUCUAUUUCAAAGAAGAAGUAAAGCCAAGAAACAAGCAGUUUAAGUAGAAAUAUUGAAAAUAGUUCUUAAAAAGGUUUAAGUUUUGACAAAAGAGAGAGGGCAAUUACAUUGCUACCUACUUAAAUUAACAAUUAUGAACUGGAUUCGAGCAGGCUGCUUUCAUAUGACAAUAAAUUAAAAGCAGAAACUUAAGAUGAAAUGUAGUUCAAUAAAAUGAAAGAAAUAAGCCAUGACUUAAAUGGAGCAUAAAAUGAAUAGAAACUCAAAUAAAAUAAAAGAUCUUUUUCUUAAUAAAAUCCUUUUAAUUAUAGUAUCAUAAAUAGCAAAAACACAUAACUUAUAAAUGCGCAUAAAAACUACACUAACAGCAAUAAUGGAUAAAAUAAUUUGUAAAGAAUAAAUGGAUAAAAUAAAUAAAAAAGUGAAAUUGGCUAGAAUUCGAAUACUUUAAAUAACUUAAAUCAUAUUGAAUAUAAUAAUGAAGAGGAAUUAGUUUAGACUACAGGGAGUAAUGAUAUCUCAAUUUAAGAAAACUAAAAAAUAAUUGAUAUACGUAAAAUUGAAGUUAGGGGGAAGAAUAACAAUGAAAUAUUAGAGAAGACCCCCUCCAACAAAAAAUAAUAAAGAAGUAGAAGAAGCUUAACUCACAAUAGCAGUAAUAAUUUGGAGAAGAAUAUUAUUUAAGAUUAAAGCGUAUCAAAUAAUUACAUUGAUGGUAGUUCAACUAAAAACACAAAUUAUAUCAACAGUAAUGAAAAAUCAUAUUAAAUUUCAAGUAAAACUGGCAUUAAAGAUUUUACCAAUAGUCUAUCCACUGCAACAAAGGCUCAAAAUAAGUUUCAGGAGAGAAAUAAAUCAGCUUCUUUAGGUCGCUUUAGCACGCCUUAAUCUAGAAUAAAAAGCAAUUCUAAAAGCACUUAUCACAUCAAUUAUGGAAGAAUGAGUAUUAGAAUAUAAGAUGUUACCAAUCACGAGAAUUUUGGUGCGCUUUCUAAUUUGCUGCUGAAUGAUAAAUUGGAGAAAUUAGAAGAAGAUUCAAACACCUAGGAAGCAAAUUCUAGCUAACUAUUUGAAUCUCCUUCGUCAUCGUCUUCAACUUUAUCGCCAACAAGCAAAAGUGGGGCAGGAGUAGCAGCUUCUCAAGGAUUAGCUGAAAGCAAGAGUUUCAAAUAAAAAACAUUUAAAACUACCUCUUCAGUUGAAGGUCCUCUUGCUCAAAGUACGUUUUCAUCCUCUGACAAGCAACAUUUUAGGAAUAAUAACUCUAAUUAAAGAUACUCAUAUAGUGAUAAUAAAUCUAAUUAGCUCUCCUCUAAUUCGCAAUCAAAUAAUAACUAAUAAAUGGUCUAUGGAUAAAACACAGAUAUGACUAAUUUUGACUACACCAACUUUGGCAAGCAGAAGAAAGAUUUCACUAACCUAGAUUAUUAUUUAUCACAGAACAUAUACAAAGCAUUGUAAAAAUCAUUUGUCUCCAAAUCUUACACAAAGAUUAAGAAAGACGUCACGGAAUGGAAAAGAAAGGAUGACCUCCAGAGAAAGAAUUUGCUAUUUGGAAAAAAAAUGCUUAAAUUUAAAAUGAAAGAAGAUCUUAUUCGUCCAAUGCUAAGAAAAUUAGAUAGUUCAACUAUGAAGAAUAUUUCUUCCUUCAGAUAAACAGUUUACUUGGAUGCUUAGUAAGACGGAGUUAUUUUAGAUGUCCAAGAGAAGAUAGAUCAUAGAAAGCAAGAUAUUUAAGAGAUUAAAAAUCAGCUGAAACAAAAAAUGAAUGAAACAAAAGAUAGUCAAAGCUAAAUAAGUGAUUAUGAAGAGGAAUAAAAUAAUUCUUUAUUUUACGACUCUCAUAAUAAAAAAGAAACAUUAAGAGACAUUAUCCUAAAGCACAGGAGCAUAUUUCCUUUGAUCAGAGUCAGAAAACUUCUAAAAGACAGGAAAAAAAUGAUGCUGAAAAAGUAGCAGUAAGAAAUACUAAAAAAUAGAUACAGACAAAGCAUCACUGGUAAUAGUAACAGCACAUUACUUUAAUUUGUUAGUUAGAGAAAAACAGAUAAUAUGUCCGAGAAUGAAAGCCCCUAACUCAACAGAGUAAGAUUUGCUCAGCAAUAUUCUAACAUAACUGAAGACACCAUAAAAGGAGAUGAUGAAAAGUAAGACAACCAGGCUGACUUAAAUAAUAAAGAUUCUUAGAAAUACUAUCUACGCAAUAAAGAACUGCUACAUAAUAUGAUUGAAAACUAUGAAACUGAAAAGGAAAGAGAAAUAAGAGGAGAGAAUCAGUAAAGAUACAGAUUCUUUAGCUCAGACACAGCUAUGCUUUAAAAUAGAAGAUCUGUUAAUAGUAUUGCUGGAGGACCUCCUAAACAGAAGCAGUUAGCUUUCUACAGUAACAAUAAAGAUCUUGCUUUAAGUACUAGUCUUCUCCAUGCUAUGAAAUCUAAUGCUAUGGAGUGCUAGACUUUUCUGAGUGUUGUAAAUUUACAAAAACUAGCAAAAACUAGGUAGACUAUUAAAGAAAAACUUACUAAAGUAUAAGAAGAUUGA